CAACGCGCUCCAUUAAUCUGAGUUUUCGCAUUUGGUUUUGGUAAAAAUCUGAAAUAGCCUAUCUCUCUCUGACCUAUUAUUAUAUAUUUGUAUAUAAAUAAAGUAUGUAUAUAGACAGUUUAUUAGUUUAAUGACUUAUAGUUUAUUUAAGCUCAGGACGCGCUUUAAAUUACAAUAACUAAAAAAAGCAAAUCUAAUAUUUAAACAAUAAGUGGAUAUCUGUGGAUAUAUAUACAGUAUUGGUCUGCUGGUUGUCCUUAGAGAAAGCCGGUCUUCAUUAAACAGCCUCACUGACUCAAGGGAGCUGCGUACGGGUAAAUGCUCGGUCAGAAAAUGCCCAGCAAGCAGAAUUGUUGGGAAAUCCGUCGUUUUUUACGGUCCACGCAUUUAUCGCUCGCCCGCGACGGGGUAAUCGCGCAUUUUUCUAAAUAAACUUAAUAAGUUUCAAACCCCGCUAAAAUUUCCCUCGGGGGAUAAUUAUGCAACUCGAGCGGAGGUGACGUCUUAUUACUUUGCUCCCAAAUAUGAACGAAUGUUACUAGAGUGACAGUCGAGUCGGAUCGGAGACGGCGACGGACGUCCGAACCGGCGACCCGGUAAGCGGAGAAUCCCGUUGAAAUCUGUUACGCUCGAACGGACGCCCAGAUAAGCGUUGAGAUGCUGUACGGUAGGCUGCCACAAAAAACGAUGUAGCGGGAUGAAGGGAAAAGUAAUGGUGUGUUAAAGGGGAUGCGCUGUGUAGAGGGAGAAUAAGGAAAGAGAAAAAACAGACUGUUGUAAGGGGAUGUUGUAGCCUACUGUGCGCUUACUGUUGUUCAAUUGGAUUUAUGAGUGAUGAAGAGGUUUUUGGGAUGCAGACGAAAGGAAGGGUUCCUCUGCAGCGGUCGCUCAGUCGCUGAAACGUACGAGAAGACGGAACAAUGAGUCUGUGUGUUUGUUAAGACUGGAUGUAUGUGAAGAACAACGCAUCUCCCUACAGCUGUAAACUAAACAUUGCGGGAUUUUGCUCAGCGCUUCAGAAGGAAUUCGUUGCCGUUCUUUAACGUGUAUCCAUCGCACAAUUCAGGUAUGGGAUAUGGACCACACUGCAGCACCAAAAUGAGAAGUCUCUGGGUCGGUGUUGUUUUCAUGACUUUCACCUGCCAUCUGAGCCUUUCCCAGUCCACUGCAGGGACCCCUAAAGAGUCAGAGCUCAAUGAUAACAUCACAGUGUUCACACGGAUACUGGAUGGAUUGUUGGAUGGCUAUGAUAACAGACUGCGACCUGGGCUAGGAGAGAAAGUGACAGAAAUUAAGACCAACAUCUUUGUCACCAGCUUUGGGCCAGUUUCAGAUACCGAGAUGGAGUACACCAUUGACGUAUUUUUCCGUCAAAGCUGGAAAGACGAACGUUUGCGAUUCAAGGGCCCAAUGGAGAUGCUACCUCUGAAUAACCUGCUGGCCAGCAACAUCUGGACCCCCGACACCUUUUUCCUCAACGGAAAAAAAUCUAUCGCCCACAACAUGACCACGCCCAACAAGCUGCUGAGAUUGAAGGAUGAUGGGACAUUGCUAUACACCAUGAGAUUGACCAUAUCAGCAGAAUGCCCAAUGCAGUUGGAGGACUUCCCUAUGGAUGCUCAUGCCUGCCCACUAAAAUUUGGCAGCUAUGCCUACCCUAUCUCAGAAGUGGUAUAUAAGUGGACUCAAGGCCCUGCCAAGUCUGUGGUCGUGGCAGAAGAGGGCUCACGACUCAACCAGUACCAUCUGAUUGGCCAGACAGCUGGCACUGAAGAUAUUAACACAAGUCGAGGUCAAUACACAGUGAUGAUGGCCCAUUUCUACCUGAAGAGGAAGAUUGGUUACUUUGUGAUUCAGACCUACAUGCCCUGCUUCAUGACUGUCAUUCUGUCCCAAGUCUCUUUUUGGCUGAACCGGGAAUCUGUCCCCGCAAGGACCGUGUUCGGUGUGACCACCGUGUUGACCAUGACCACCCUGAGCAUCAGCGCCCGUAACUCUCUCCCCAAGGUGGCAUAUGCCACUGCCAUGGAUUGGUUUAUUGCUGUUUGCUAUGCCUUUGUGUUCUCGGCACUCAUUGAGUUUGCUACAGUCAACUACUUUACCAAGCGCAGCUGGGCGUGGGAUGGAAAAAAGGCUUUGGAGGCCCAGCAGCCAAAAAAAAAAGACCCGUUGGCACUCUCCAAAAAGCCGAACAAUGCCUGUUCGACUGGUGUCAACUUCACCCCCAACCUCACGAAGGACGCGGCUAUCUCCACCAUCUCCAACAGCACCGCUGUUCAGCUGAAGAGUGCCGAGGCCAAGCCAGCAAUGGACCCCAAAAAGACCUACAACAGCGUCAGCAAAAUUGACAAGAUGUCCCGGAUUGUGUUUCCUGUCCUCUUUGGGACUUUCAACCUGGUCUACUGGGCCACGUACCUCAACAGGGAACCGUUAAAGGGAAUUAAAGGAACUGUUUCUCCCACAUAAAAUGGUCGACCCCAUCACGGCAGUCCCUUUGCAUCCUCUUUUUCUUCUCCACUACAGUAUUUAAUGACAAACUGACCCUGCAAGAAACGAUGCCAAGCUCUUAUUUACUGCAAUUCUCACUUCGCUAUCUAUAAGGGGAGUGCUGCUCUUGAAUUUCCCUUUCCUGAUAUCAUAAGUUGCAUGAUAGAUUCAAAGCUCUAUGGGAAUAUUAUUGCCAUAUCUGCCUUGACUUUCUACUUUAUAUUCCCCUGUACUAGGAUUUCAUUGGUUAUUGCAUUUGUCUUACAAGGAAAUGAGCACCACACAAGCUACCAUUUCAUUCAUUCGAUUUUCCAAAGGAUAGGAACAAAAAUAAUGAAGUGAAGUGAAAGUGACCUAUUAGUCAGAUAUGGUGACCCAUACCCGAAAUGUGACCUCUGCUUUUAACCCAUCCAGAGAGUACGGUUGUGUGAACACACGAACAGCAAGUGGUGAACACACGUACACCCGGAGCAGUGGGCAGCUAUCACUGCAGUGCCCGGGGAGCAAGUAGGGGUAAGGUGCCUUGCUCAAAGGCACCUCAGUCGUUACCCACCGGCCCUGGGAAUCGAACCGUCAACCUUCUGGUCACGAGUCCGACUCUCUAACCAUUAGGCCACGACUGCCCAAAUGCAUUUGGCAUAAACAUUUAUCACGUAAUCCUAACAGAGUUAUGAAAAGUACAGCAAGGCCAAAUGCUAUGCAAAAAAACACGGUUUUCUACUACAGUGAUCUGUAAUUGCUUAUGAAACCUUUGCUUUGUACGAAUGAAUAUCUGUUCAUUUUAGUAGCUUUAGCAUAAGGGUGUAAGGCAGACAGAUAGCCAUGCUAAAUACGUUGCCUUCAGAUGGAAUAACUUCAUAGUGCUCCGGAAUGUCCUGCAACUACUUCUUAAAGACAAGUUUGAUUCUACUCUUGUCAUUUUUCUAGGCUUUUUCGAACUAGCUAACUAGCAUUGUGCACACUAAAGGCAGCUUUUCACACUUAAGUCUCAGAUAUUCUGCAAAAGGUUGGUGAGUGCGUGGCAGCCAAGACUUUCAAAGAAUUUGUACAUAGCUUGUGUAUGCUUUGCUUUAACGUAGACGCUGCUUAACGUCACGCUACGCUAUUCAAAUGUGCAGACAAUUAACAUGAAUGCGAGCUAGCUCUCUAGCGGUGAAAAUGCAGAUUUGUAUCGUGAACUAUCGUGGGCUUUGACAGAAUGUGACAUUUCUUUACAGUUGAUAGUUUUUAACUCAUUGAACGUAGCUUUUUACACUGUUUAUGCGACAGCCAUUUUGUUCUUUUCUGUGAAGUAAAUUAGUAAGGGUUUUGAUAUUCUGGAUCAGGUUGGGAAGAGUUGGCCUUAAAUGUUGACAUCUAGUACAAAUAGGGCUCUUUUAAGUACUAACUGAACAGAAAUCAUCAGGUGAAAUGGUAUGGAAAAGAGAUACUCAUGCACAUGUCCAAGGUGCAUCAUUAUUCAGAGCAAAUUCUAAAAAUGGCUGUUUAAUGAGAAACAGAAUGUGAGAGAAACGAUGUUUCAGAGAUUGUAGCUGCUGUUGUCAAGCAUGUGAAAAUGAAGCUUGUUGAAUCUGACAUGUCACACCAACACCAGCUCCAGGCUUCCACACAAACGCAUGGCAACUUUUUUGGGGACUAAAAUUGAGGGAGGAACGACCACCUUGUUAGAGCAAAUAAAAAAGACAGCAAUUAUUCUGUUAUGAACUUUUUUACAUGAAAGUGAGAUGGCACAAAGAACUAAGUGACCCUGUGGAUCCCCGUGUAGGUCAUUAAGGGGGCCGACUACAGCAGCCAUUAAGCCCAGUUCAUCUGUAAAGCACUCAGGCCAAUAGGAGCGAGAAAUGAAAAAUGAAUGAGUUAAAGAGAGGGAGUAAUGUGCCCUUUUACAACAGUGGAUGGUUCCAGAAAUGUGACACGUGUACAGUUCCUCAAAGCAUACAUGUCUGAAGCAAUAAAUACAUGCCUGAUAUA